CGAGUGGCGAUUGAAGCCCCACCAACGCGUCGUUUCAAUCGCGCUUCAACCGCUGCAGGGUAACCACCCCUCACAUCACGUUUCCAGCACCAUGACGCGGGGAAAGCUCAUAGUUUUCGAAGGCCUAGAUCGGGCAGGCAAAUCGACUCAAUGCCAAAUGUUGGCUGAAGAUAUGCAGAAUGACGGGAUCAAGGUGCGGCAUAUGCGGUUUCCAGAUAGAACGACACCAAUCGGCCAAAUGAUCAACAGCUACUUGAGUGGUCAGAGCGAGCAAGACGACCAUGUCAUACAUCUCUUGUUCUCCGCGAAUCGGUGGGAAGCAGUACAAGGUUUUCUCAGCGUGCAUUGCAGACCUUCUAUACAAGCCGACCUCGAAGCUGGUACAACGAUCAUCGUAGAUCGUUACUACUACAGCGGCUGCGUGUACUCUGCUGCCAAAGAGAACCCCAGCAUGAGCCUCGAAUGGUGUCGAAAACCCGAAGUAGGACUUCCACGGCCUGACUUGUGUCUCUUCCUUGACAUAUCCGCCGAAGACGCAGCAAAGCGAGGCGGGUAUGGCACUGAGAAGUAUGAGAAGAAGGAGAUGCAGGACCGCGUACGAGGGCUGUUUGAGACAAUGAUGCAGAAGAAGGAGGGCGAGGACUUUGUGCGCAUCGAUGCGGGUGAGGGUAUGAAGGAUGUGGCGGCAAAGAUCAGACAAGAAGUCGAUAGGUGUAUUGAGCGGGUCGCCAAAGGCCAAAUGCCGUUGAGGACUGUGGAGGAGUGGUAAAUGCUCUCAACUGGUGUUGGAGCCUUGCGGCUUAUCCUCAUCGUCGUUGACAUUCUCGACCCACGUUUCAUCAAGGUCCUCGUCAAGGUUGACAUCAAGAUCAUCUAUAUCAGGAAACUCUUCCGCAUCAUCCUCGAUGGUUCC